UGUGUGCUUUAUAUGAAUAAAACAAAAGUGUAAAAACAAGCGCACGCCUUCCGCUCCCCAAUAAAAAAAACCCACCUCGUCCUGGUCUUCACUCUAUUCAUCAGCCAUGCACGCUAUCACCCAGCACAAUGGGCAGAGCGGGGCGCAUGCGCGCGGAGCCAUUGUGCGCGUGUGUCCUGCGUGUCUGGAGAAUAUCUCUCCCUCGCUCUCUCUCUCUCUCUCGGCUGAAUCGUGUACGCCUGCCAUCCCGUCCGGCUGACACGGGAGAUGGAGGAGGAGGAUCAGAGCCGGCUGCUGCUGCUGUUGCUGCUGUGAGAGAGAGGGAGAGACGCGAGGACUAUGGGGCCGCGGUGCGCGCGCGCAGUGCUGCUCCUUACUCUAUGCUGGCUGAGCUUCACGGGUAGCGAUCAGGACUUUUAUCUCUCCCCCGGGGUCACGUUCGUGCAUGUGCUGGACCGCACCUACUACAAGCGUUUCUUCCCAUCGCCGCAGGAACACCGAGAUGACCCGAUCACCUUCCACACCAACCUCCAGGGAUUCCCCGAUCGGCCUGGGUGGUUGCGCUAUCUGCAGCGCUCCCCGCACGAGGACGGAAUGCUGUACGGGACGCCAACCAUUCAGCAUGUUGGCAAGACAGUCAUCGAGGUGAUUGCUUACAACCGAUGGACGUACGACACCAUCCAGCACACAGUGGUUUUCAACAUCCUGCCGUCAAAUAUCAGUCUUCCCUUCCAAGCAGAGUUCUUCAUCCGCAACAUGAACGUGGAGGAGCUGCUUCCGAGCAACGUCCUUGGUGACUUCCUAGGCGCGGUGAAGGCCAUCUGGCAGCCAGGACACAACCUGCGUCUGCACGCCCUCAAUGUCAGCUCGGCAUUGGACAGAGGUGGCCGCGUGCCCCUGCCUCUGAGUGGCCAGAAGGAAGGGGUGUACGUGCUGGUGGGUUCGGACACGCGCUACUCCACGCACCUGGCCGAGCCCCUGUCCCCCGAGAACCGCCUGCGCUGCAGCCAGGAGAGCCAGCUGACCGUGAGCUUCGACCGCAAGUUCGGCUCGCAGUUCCGCGUCGACUGGUGCAAGUUCAUACUGAUGGACCACUCACUGGACCAGACCAGCGUGGCCAAGGACAGCCAGGCCUGGGUGAGCAGCACGAGCCGGGGCCCCCAGGCACCGACGGGAGACGGGGACGCCCCAGCCCAGCCCGCUGUGGACGUGGAGUUUGCUCCGCCGGGCCUCUCCCUUGAGCGCCGGGACCUGCACUCCGAGUUUGUGCUCACGACCGCCGUGCCGGCCGUGGUUGCCAGCCUUCUCGCUGUGGCUCUCAGCUACCUCAUGUGCUGCCGCCGCCAAGGACUGCAAAAGCAGGAAGUGCAGACGACUGAGGAGCAGCUGGUGCAGCAGUGCCGGAGCCGGCACGCCGGCGAGGAGCCACACGUCAGGUCCAAGCAGCGCGACGGGGCCCACCCCAUGGCCUCUCUCACGGCGCUCGGCGGCGGCGGCCGCCACAGGGACCGGGGCGGUCCGGGCACCGGCGCUGCGGGAGGGGGGGCGCCCCCCCCCCCAGAACCUCGACUACGAUAGCUACAGCGCCGCGUUCGUGCACGCCCACGGCCGGGAUCCGAACAACGCCGUGCUCUCAACCCACAACCUUCAACCAAACUCUUCCAGGCGGAAGGAGACUAGUUUUAUAACUCAGGUUGCUCAACACUCGAGCUUGGACAGGGCAAGACCACUGCAGCAACCACCCCCACUACCUCCUCAGCCUGGUGGCCAAAACUCCUUCUCCAAGUCUCUCAACAACUGCUGUGACUAGAAACGGCAGUGCCCGUGCAGUGCCGUGCAGUGGUCUGCAGGCCCACCUUGGCCAGAGCCAGAGUCUCGACAGUCAGCCAGGUGUGUUGGUUUAAAAAUGGUUGACUAAGAAAACCUUCUGGUGACUUCUGAAAUGGCGCAAAACACGGAAGUAAUUUUAACAAAGUUUUCCUCUAAAAUGAAUGCGAUUUGUUACCACAGUUCUAAUGUGGAACAUAAGCCGUUUUUUAAUCACCUGGCAAAACACACAGAGACACUUAAAUCGCUACAGCUAUGUGUAGAAUCCGGGAUUGUUUUAAACACAUUUGCACAUUAAUAUUUAGGCUAAUAUGUAAGGUGUCACAUCAUUUGUCUUGUGCAAGUGUUCUCUUACUAUGGAGUGCCAAAAGUAUUGUAGUACUGUCAUGUGGCUCAGGCUAGGAUAAGUUUUUUGAUGCCAUCGAGAUUCUUGGACAUAUGGAGUCAUGUAAUGUUGUUUUUCCAUUAAACAUCUUGCUGACAAACAAGUGAAUCAUUGAUACAAUUUUACAGAAUCGAAAAACGAUGCUCAUCUCCCAAUGAACUUGUGUUGAGAUCACAAUUGAGGACCAUUCAUUGUGCCAAAUGCCAUUCUAACAAUUUGUCAAAAUAAUCGUAUGUAUUUUGAAGUGUUUAUUUCUCAGUAUUUUAUAAUCAUGAAAUAAUUGCUAAGAGGAGCAAUAGGUGGGUGUUUGAGGUUUAAAUCCCAUGUCACAGCAAAGAGUAAGCACCUAAAAGUUUAUAUGUUCAAUUCCUGGGCUCCUACACAUGAUUCAAGGGCCAGGGUCUUAAACUCUACUAUCACUGAACAGUGAAAUCUAGAGUUGCAGAUUAACCGUGCUUGCAAAAAAAAUGUUUUACCUCGGAUUUCUCACCGAGUGACGGUGAUGCAAUUCUCACGUCGGUAAGUAAACCAAUUACUAUAAGAAACAAUAAAACAUAUUUUUCAACCCCACUCGGAAUAGAAUAUCAAUGAUUUUAUAUCCGAAUUUACAUGUUUUGAAUAAUGCUUUUUUCCUUCCCAUUAAACUGGAUACGUGAA